UUUAUGUAGGUCUAUUUCAAAGUAUCAGAUUAAAAUUGCUUAAAUAUAUUCGUUUUUGAAAUGUACACUUCUUGUUUGGUUAAUUGUGUGACUUUGCCUUACUGAAAGACAACAUUGGUUGAGGUGAGCUCUGUAAUCUCUGAUUACCUAUGUUUAGAGACUACAGUUAUUUCUUUAUUAACAGAGACAGCUAGCAGAGCUUCUUAUAAGUAUUGGGUCUAUUGGUGGAGCUUUAGAGGUAUUUGAAAGACUACAGUUAUGGGAAGAUGUCAUCACCUGCUACAAAAGGCUGGGCAAAAUGGAAAAGGCUGAGACUUUAAUUCGUGAUCAGCUGGCAAUACAGGAAACUCCAAACUUGUGGUGUUUCCUUGGUGAUGUGACACGUGACAUCAAUCACUACAUCAAGGCCUGGGAAAUGUCUGGACACAAACACGCGCGGUCACAGAGGUGUAUGGGAUACCUGUAUAUGGCACAGGAAGAGUAUGAGAAGUGUAUUGAAUGUUUCCAGAAAUCUCUAAGCAUCAAUUCACUCCAGGUGCCCGUGUGGUUCACUCUCGGCUGUGCCUGUAUGGCAGCCAAGAAGUUUGAGGAAGCCGUGAGAGCUUUCAAACGAUGUGUCAACAUUGACACUGAUAAUUUUGAAGCCUGGAAUAAUAUGGCCUCAGCUUAUGUUCAACUCAAAGACAAGAAAAAAGCCCUACUGACCUUAAAAGAGUCCCUAAAAUGCAACUAUGAAAACUGGAGAGUGUGGGAAAACUUACUUGUGGUAGCCACAGACUGUGGUGAGUUUGAUGAAGCCAUUCGGGCGUAUCAUCGUCUGAUAGAUCUUAAAGAAAAAUGGACCGAUGUAGAGGUCCUGGCAGUUCUAGUGAAGGGUGUUACAGGGGAAUACAGGGAUCCUCAGGGGAAUCCUACCAGUCAGUAUAAAACCAGGCUACUGGAACUGUUUGGUAGAAUUACAGCCAAAGUGCCAAGUAAUGGGGAGAUAUGGAGGUUGUAUGCUGAGCUGACAAACAGUUUGGAGACCCAGACUCCUGAAACACAACAAAAGGUUUUGCAGUAUCUUCAGAAAUCACAAAGAUGUCUGACACAGGAAGUAAACUGGGAGAAGUCAUUAGACAAAUGUAUGAGUGUUGGGGAGCAGUCAUUGGAACUAGCUGAUUUAUAUCUAGGAUUCAGCAGUAGAGCUACAGAGGAAUCGCUACCUCUUCUCCAGUCAGCUAAAAUGAUGAAAUCU